GUCCCCGCCUUAAUCCCGCCCCUCCGGUCUGGGCUGCCUGGCGGGCUAGGCCUGCGCUUGCUGCUGAGGGAACGGAGUUGAGGGCUGGGAGCAGCCAUGAUGGAAGGCUCGGACGACGGCCCAGAUUUCCUUUCCGAGGAGGACCGAGGUCUUAGAGCAGUCACUGUAGAUCUGCAAACUGAUGCUGCCUUGCAAGUGGAUAUUUCUGAUGCCCUUAGUGAAAGGGACAAAGUGAAGUUUACCGUCCAUACAAAGAGUUCUUUACCAAAUUUUAAACAAAAUGAAUUUUCAGUUGUCCGACAACAUGAAGAGUUUAUUUGGCUUCAUGAUUCCUUUGUGGAGAAUGAAGAUUAUGCAGGCUACAUUAUUCCACCAGCACCACCGAGGCCUGAUUUUGAUGCCUCAAGAGAGAAAUUACAGAAGCUUGGUGAAGGAGAAGGAUCGAUGACUAAGGAAGAAUUCACCAAGAUGAAGCAAGAACUAGAAGCUGAGUAUUUGGCAAUCUUCAAGAAGACCGUAGCCAUGCAUGAAGUCUUCUUGUGUCGUGUAGCAGCUCAUCCCAUUUUGAGAAAAGACUUAAAUUUCCAUGUCUUCUUGGAAUAUAAUCAAGAUUUGAGUGUCCGUGGCAAAAAUAAGAAAGAGAAACUUGAAGACUUCUUCAAAAACAUGGUUAAGUCUGCAGAUGGUGUGAUCGUUUCUGGAGUAAAGGAUGUAGAUGACUUCUUUGAACAUGAAAGAACAUUCCUUGUAGAGUACCACAACCGUGUCAAGGAUUCCUCUAUGAAGUCUGAUAAAAUGACAAGAUCCCACAAAAAUGUUGCAGAUGACUGCAAUAGAAUUGGCUCUUCAUUGUAUACAUUGGGAACACAAGAUUCCACAGAUAUAUGCAAAUUUUUCCUGAAAGUAUCAGAGUUGUUUGACAAAACAAGGAAAAUAGAGGCACGAGUGUCUGCUGAUGAAGACCUUAAACUUUCAGACCUUCUGAAAUAUUAUCUGAGAGAAUCACAAGCUGCAAAGGACCUUCUGUAUAGAAGAUCUAGGUCAUUAGUGGAUUAUGAAAAUGCUAACAAGGCUCUGGACAAAGCAAGAGCGAAGAACAAAGAUGUGCUGCAAGCUGAAACUACCCAGCAACUUUUCUGUCAGAAAUUUGAAAAAAUAUCUGAAUCAGCAAAACAAGAACUUAUAGACUUUAAAACUAGAAGAGUUGCUGCAUUCCGGAAGAAUCUAGUAGAACUGGCAGAAUUGGAACUAAAGCAUGCUAAGGGUAACUUACAGCUGUUGCAGAGCUGUCUGUCAGUGUUAAAUGGAGAUACAUAAACCUGAAUCUGUCCUCCCAUUAAUAAGGGCUGCCUUCCAUUGGAGUUUACUUCCUGACUUUGAAUUGACAUUUACAACUUGCUGGAGAAAUUGAUUGAAAAAGGACACAUAAACAAGCUCCCCCUCUGCCCAAAAGCAUUAAGCCCACCAGAAUAAUUCCAGAUCAUAUGAAGCAACAGCAUACUUGUUGUUAUACACAAAUAUUUACACAUUAAUUUAAUCAUUGUAUGUUCAUAUUGUUCAGAAAACCAAAUUUUGGGUCUUUUUUCUUUUGUGAAAGUAGCCAAUAGAAUUAUGUUCAUGUUAAAGCUAGUAUUAAAUAUUGCUGCCACUCUUACUACCUUUGUAACUUCUGAAGUUGAGGAUUUGAAACAAUUAGUUUUCAAAUGGAUUAAAUAUUGCCACUAGGUGUUUGAAUAUUGUUGCUAUAAGCAUUGUCUUGGUUAUUCCACAUAAUGUUAUCAAGCAUCUUAACUUUUUUCAAAUAACAAACAUUUCCUAGAAAUUUUGGAGCAAACUUUAUGUAAUCUUUAUAAUAGGACUUCAAAAGAAAGCAAAUGCAUUAGUAUGUUUGCCUUAACUUGUAGACUAAUCCCAAUUAUUGUAAAAUAAACUGUGAAAUCAGUGAUUUUUUUCUAAAAUUUUGUAGUCAUUGUCUUGUGAAUUUACAAUUUUCUUCACUUCAUACUCAGGUGUUAAUUUUGUCAGUUCCCUCCUAAAUACCAUAAAAUGUAACAAGCCCACAAGGAACCCCUAUUUGAGUUUCUCCAUUCUUUAUGGAAAGAACAGCUCUCCAUGCACAAAGGAAGGAAUGUUUGAAACUUCUUCCACUGAAAUGAAUAAGCAAGUUUGUAGAAUUUCAAUGACAGAUACUGUUUCAUACAUGAUUACUGUUUUGUAGGAAUACAGGCUAAAGCUACAACCUGACACUUUCCAUUGAGGACUUCCUUCCUUACAGUAUAGCUCAGUAAGGCUUAGAUUUCAGCUUGAAAAUAAAGAGUUGUGUAUUAAAAGCUGUGUGAAAACUUCAGCUUGGAUUUUGAUUGUGAUUUGAACCUAUUGUAAAUUUCUAAAGGGGUGAACAGGAAGAUUUUGUUGUUGUUGUUAACCAAAUCCUGUUUCCCUCAUUGCUGCAGCAGUGAUGGGAAAAGCCCAUACAAGGCAAAAUUCACCCUUCUGUAAGGAUUCUUAAAAGUACUGGAGCCCUCUCAUUCUACCUAGAUGAAGGCUAAAGCCAAAAAAGCAUUUCCACAAGUUGCAUGGUACCGAAGGAGGAGGUUAUGUUGUCUCCUCUGAAGACAGAAGCUUGAAUCUCCUGGCACCACACCUUUCAUAGCCUGCUAAUAUCCACCCUCUGGUGAAGGCACAUGCCCUAGAACAGAGCACAUGCUUUCCAUGCAAGAAUAUUCUAAUUCGAUUCCUGCCAUUUUUAGUUAGAAGGAUUAGGACAGGCUUCCUCAGCCUCGGCUCUCCAGAUGUUUUGAGACUACAGUUCCCAUCAUCCCUGACCACUGGUCCUGCUAGCUAGAGAUCAUGGGAGUUGAAGGCCAAAAAUAUCUGGAGGGCCAAGGUUGAGGAAGCCUGGAUUAGGAGGUGAUGGGGAAACACUCUGCCCAAGAUCCUGAAGAACUGCCAGUCAGAAUAAACUAUAAUUGGUAUAAGACAGCUACAUGUUUUCUGGCAGAGGCCUAGAACUUAUUAAGCAGCAGCAAAUAAUUCCCUGUCUCAAUCUUCUGUGAACAAAAUAAAAAAAAUCUAUAUUAUA